GUUCCCAUUAUGUCACAAUUUUCUCUGUAUACGUUAAUUAGAGCCUUAUAUCUCUGUCUCUCAAUCUCUCAUCUUUCUCCUAGUGCAAAGCCAUGGCAAUGGAGGAAAACCAUGAAGAAAUUCAUGUGCUAAUGGUUGCUUUCUCUUCUCAAGGACACAUAAACCCCUUGCUUAGACUAGCCAAACGCUUGAUCUGUAAAGGUCUUCAGGUCACACUUGCCACCACUGAAAUUGCUCGCCACCGCAUGCUCAAGUCAUCCACCAUCACCUCCACCACCACCAACUCCAUCUCAAUCUCUGGAGUCCAUCUUCUCUUCUUCUCCGAUGGCCUCAGCCUGGACUUCGACCGCAAGUCCAACUUAGACUACUAUAUGGAAUGCUUAGGCAAAUUUGGACCCAUUAACCUCUCCAACCUUAUCAAAGAAUAUUACCCCGACAAUGGUCACAAGAAACUCUCUUGUAUCAUAAACAACCCCUUUGUUCCUUGGGUAAUUGAUGUUGCUACUGAGCUUGGAAUCCCUUGUGCCAUGCUCUGGAUACAACCAUGUUCGCUUUAUGCCAUUUAUUAUCGCUUCUACCAUAGCCUAAACUCGUUCCCUACCUUAACAAACCCUGAAAUGAGUGUUGAGUUGCCAAGCCUGCCAUUAUUGCUCACAGAAGACUUACCUUCUUUUGUUCUUCCUUCAAAUCCGUUUGGUAGCUUCCCUAAAUUGUUCGCUGAAAUGUUCUUGAACUUGAACAGGUAUACAUGGGUUCUGGGGAGCUCUUUCUUUGAGCUUGAGAAAGAUGUUAUUGAGUCCAUGACUGAGCACUUCCCAAUUCGUCCCAUUGGUCCUCUUGUCCCUCCAUCACUACUCGGUGAAAAUGAAGACCAGGAUAUCGGUGUUGAGAUGUGGAAAGCAGAAGAUACUUGCCUUGAAUGGUUAAAAAAGCAAGCACCUUCUUCAGUUAUAUAUAUAUCUUUUGGAAGUAUCACUGUAUUGUCAGCCAAACAAAUGGAGAGCAUAGCAAAAGCCCUAAAGAACACUAACCAUCCAUUUUUAUGGGUGGCUAAGCAACCAGACUUUCCACUACCAGAUGGGGAGGGACAGUUACCGUUAGGGUUCUUGGAGGAGACAAAAGAUCAGGGGCUUAUUGUGUCCUGGUCUCCACAAACUAAGGUCUUAACCCACCCUGCAAUUGCUUGCUUUAUAACACACUGUGGAUGGAAUUCUAUCCUAGAAACUAUAGUUGCAGGCGUGCCGGUGAUCGCAUACCCUCAAUGGACAGAUCAGCCAACAAAUGCAAAGCUUAUUGUUGAUGUUUUCCGAAUAGGUCUAAGGCUGAGGGCAAAUCAAGAUGGAACCAUUAGCAACGAUGAAAUUGAAAGAUGUAUUGGGGAGAUUAUGGACGGACCAAAAUCUGAGGAGCUUAAAGCUAACGCAAAGGAAUUGAAACGGGCAGCGAGGGAAGCGGUGGCCAGUGGUGGCGCGUCGGAUCGGAAUAUUCAGUUGUUUGUUCAUGACAUUACUAGGAGAAGCUGCUCAGAUGCGACUUCAUCAUAAGAUUGUGCAAGAAUAAUUCUUUGAAGAAAAGACAAGUUUCUUCCAAAAGAAAAAAGAGACAAGUUUCCCACAUGAUCUGAUUUGUCGUUUAUGGUAACACGUUGGAUUAAUGCUACAUUUCUAGUUACAAGAAUAAGAUGAUAAUGUGCCAUAUUCUGAAA